AUGAACUGUCCAGAGGACUUUUAUUAUUCAGAGGUGGAUCGAGGUUGCACCUUCCAAUCUGACGCCAAAUGCAAAACUUUUGAACAAAGUGACGAAACUACUGUUGCUUUGAGUCGAUUUAUUUACGACUCGAACAACCACUGCAUGGGAACCUGUCCAUGUACCAACUCACCUCAACUGACGGUGACUCUGGAGCAUCAGGAUUGUGGUAAAUUCUGUAAAUGUAUGAAUGGCGUUGCAUACGAAUAUGAUUGCCCAGCGGGUUUCCACUUCAGCCCAGUUUUGGGAGUCUGCACCUAUCCGGAGAAAGCAAACGGUGCCAGGUGUUCAACACCCAUACCUGAUGCUUGCCCACCUCAUGGAUGGGGCUCUUGUUGCACUUCAACUGUAACAGUAAUCGCAACUGUAACUACUACAGUUAAACCUUCAGCCGUGACAAUUACACCUUCACCUGUAACGAUUAUUCCUACAACGGUGACAGUCACCGUCACACUGCCAUGUUCUACACCCGGACCUGAUCAUGGACCUGUCACCGUCACACCGCCAUGUCCUACACCUGGACCUGACCCUGUAUUGGCGGGAUGCAUUGGUACCUGUCCAAUCCAAGAUCCAAAGUACGCAGUGCACCUAGCUCACAGCCACUGCAGCAAAUUUUGCAAGUGCAGCCAUGGCGUACCAACGCUGAUUCCGUGUCCACCUGGUCUCUAUUUCAAUCCGGAACUCGAAGUCUGCGAUUGGCCUCAGCAGGCCAAUUGUAAAGGAAUCAGAGAUAAGCUCCACGUGUCAAUCUAA